GCACCACAUCCAUCCCCUGCGCACGCACUCUCCCGCCCGCGCACGCCUCCAUCCCGCACCCUUCACCCACCACCCCGCACGUACCCGCCAUGUCGCAGUACGACGCACACUCCAUCUCGCGCGCCUCGAGCCUCAGCCGCAAGAGCACCGUCGCCAGCCGCAAUGCGUCGCUCAUCAAGAAGAACACGGGCCCGCACGAGCUGCGCCCGUCGGACAUUCUCAUCGAGCGCUUCACGGGCUGGAAGCACAUCACCAAGCAGCUCAUCGCCUACUUCGAGGGAAUCGCCGACAUCGAGUACAACACGGCCAAGGAGCUCACCAAGCUCGGCGGCGUGAUCCAGGUGCCGUUCAAGGAGGGCUCGCAGUUCCUCGGCGAGGAGGGCAUCCAGGACAUCUACUACGGCAUCCGCGACAAGACGCGCGUCAUUGCCGACCACCACGCCAACCUCGCCAAGACCGUCGAGGGCAGCAUCGUGCAGCACCUGCAGAAGCUGCGCAGCGAGAUCAAGGCGCACGUCAAGAACGUGCAGCAGGACACGGGCAAGCUGGCCAACAGCGUCGCCAAGGAGCGCGAGAUGUCGACGAAGAUGAUCAGCGACCUGGCGCGCAGCAUCACGCUGCUCAAGAACACGCCCAUGAGCGUCACGGCCAAGGAGGACCCGUACAGCGCCAACAACGCCGUCUUCCGCCAGCUGCAGAAGCAGGUCAACGAGGAGAACGCGCUGCAGAAGAGCAUCAUCAUCAUGCAGCAGAACUCGGCGCACUUUGAGGAGGGCAUCGUGCGCAGCAUCCAGAGCGCCUGGCAGACGUUCGACGAGUGGAGCGGCCGCAUGUCGGCGCAGGUGCAGGACACGUGGCUCGGCCUCGGCGUGCAGAUGCGCAGCCUGCAGCCCAACGCCGAGUGGAUCGCGUUUGCCGCGCGCAGCGACCACCUGCUCGACCCCGACACGCCGCUGCGCAACCCCGAGACGAUCGACUAUCCGGGCAAGGAGGACCCAUCGGUGAUUCCCGUGCACCAGGGCAUCCUCGAGCGCAAGAAGCGCUUCACCAAGACGUACAAGGAGAGCUUCUACGUGCUCACGCCCUCGGGCUACCUGCACGAGCACGGCAGCAGCGACGCCACAACGCACCCCAACCCCGAGCUCUCGCUCUUCCUGCCCAACUGCACGCUCGGCCCGAUCCGCGGCACCAAGUUCCACAUCGAGGCGGCGGCCAAGAACAUGCCCGGCCUCUCGAAGCUGCCGCUCGCGCGUGAGCACAGCUACACGUUCCGCGCGCGCAGCGAGGAGGAGGUGCACGAGUGGUGGAACGACAUCAAGCAGCUCAGCAAGGUGUACCUGACGUCGUCGGCCGUCAUGGACCGCACGGGCCCCGUGCCCGCCGCCGUGCGCGCCGCCGGCUACCGCUCCGAGCCCGAGGACGAGGAGGACGAGGAGGACGGCAGCAGCGUCGAGGAGGACGAUGAGUACGAGGAGGCGCAGGACCAGGCCGCCACCAACGCCCAGCACAACGCCUCGGCCGGCGCUGCGCCGGCCAUCACGAGCGGCAACGAGGAGACGCCGGCGUACUCGGGUGCCGGCGCCGAGAAGGCGGGCGUUGAGAUUGGCGCCAACGGCUACGCCGUCGAGAAGAAGGGCGAGGCCGGCCAGGCCGGCGAGCCGUCGCAGGACGCACGAGGCAAGGAGAAGGCGGCCGACACGCCUGCUGCCGCCGCUGGCGCCAGUGAGCCCGCAGCCUGAAUAGCGACGUUCGACCAGUGAACCCCUGCCGCCCGUCGGACCCGCGCUCGCAAGAGCAAGGGCCGACGCCGGCGCCGAUACCACGCUCUCGUUCUCAUUACUCUCGCUUCCUACUGUCCC